UGAUGAUGAUGAUGGGUCCUUCACUUGCAACACUCAUGUUCAUCUGGACCUUGUACCAGAAUUUUUUCCCAUAUCAAAUUAGCAAUUAUAUCAUCACCCAACUCCACAAAAUUCACUAUUUUUUCUACCCAUACAUCCACAUCACCUUCCAUGAAUAUGACCACGAGGAGCUCUUUGACCGCAGUAAAUUAUUCUUAGCCAUUGAGAGGUAUCUAAGCCAUAAUUCUUCCAAUAAUGCCAAGCGUCUCGUGGCCAAAGGUGUCAAGGAUAGCACCCAGGCCUUGGUUCUCACCAUGGACGACCACGAAGAGGUGACCGAUGUGUUUCGAGGGAUUAAGGUUUGGUGGAGCUCCCACCAGCACCCUACCAAUGGACACAUGAUCUCGUACUUUCCCAAGGAGGACGAGAAGAAAUUUUUCCAGCUUAAGUUUCACAGGAGGGACCGAGACCUGAUUACACAGUCUUACCUGAAACAUGUUUUGGAUGAGGGAGAAGCCAUAGCUGUGAGGGACAGGAAACGGAAGCUUUACACCAACAACAAGAGUGAUCACUGGCAUGGAUGGAGGAGCACCGAAUGGAGCCAUGUGAUCUUCAAGCACCCUUCCAAUUUCAAAACCCUAGCUAUGGAACCGACCCGGAAACAAGAAAUCAUGGAAGAGCUUCACAAUUUCAGCAACUCCAAGGACUAUUAUGCCAAGAUUGGCAAGGCCUGGAAACGGGGAUAUCUCCUCCACGGCCCGCCUGGAACAGGGAAAUCUAGCAUGAUCGCCGCCAUGGCCAAUCUUCUGCAGUACGAUGUGUAUGAUCUCGAAUUAACCGCCGUGAAAGAUAACAUCGACCUGAGGAAGCUGUUGAUUGAAACUUCCUGCAAAUCCAUCAUUGUAAUCGAAGAUAUCGAUUGCUCUCUAGACCUAACAGGGCAGAGGAAGAAGGAAAGGGAAAAAGAAGAGAUAGAUCCAAUCAAGAAACAAUUACUCAAGGAAACAGAGAAGAAGGACAAUGAGGUGAAUCAGGUGACUCUAUCAGGCCUUCUAAACGUCAUCGAUGGACUCUGGUCCGCCAUUGGAGAAGAAAGAAUCAUAGUUUUCACCACCAAUUACAUCCAAAAGCUCGACCCUGCCCUAAUUCGGAAAGGGAGGAUGGACAACCAUAUUGAGCUCUCUUAUUGCUGCUUUGAAGCUUUCAAGGUUCUAGCCAAAAACUAUCUAGACAUUGAAUCCCACGAACUUUUUCCAGAAAUCAGAGUUUUGCUGGGGGAAACUAAAGUCACCCCUGCUGAUGUUGCUGAGAAUUUGAUGCCCAAAUCUGGUGGAGAGAAAGCAGAGACGUGCCUGAAGAGAUUGAUCGAGUAUCUGGAAACUGCAAAAGAAAAAGCGAGGUUGAAAGCUGAGGAAGAAGAGAGAAGCAAGGCAAAGGAAAAGGAAGAAGCCACCAUGAAAGCUGAGGAGAGCUUGGUUAAGGAAAAUGGCGAUGCCAAGAAAAUUGACACCAUGGUUAUAGAAAAUGGUUAUACAAAUUAAAGAAUGAGAAUUAGUAGAGAUUAUUGUUCGUAUUAGCUUCUUCCCCACCUAAUUACUAAAUAUUUAAUUUCAACUUUUAUAUUUAAACCAGG